ACACACACACAAAGAGACAUAACAAAGAACUUCUCUAAUUCUCUCUGUGUGGCCUCCGAGAGAGUCCCUUUGUUCUUGGCGCCUCUGAGAGAGUCUCUUUGUUCUUGGCUUCGCUCUUCCACUACCUGAGUUGAGUUUCCUUUCGAGACGAUCUUGUAUUCUGAUUUUGUAUAAUGGGUGGACGUUUGAUUGAUGUUAACCAGGAACUUCCCUUUUCUAAUGCUGCUCGCACUGUGGUCUUAGUUGGACGCACUGGUAAUGGAAAAAGUGCAACAGGCAACAGCAUUCUUGGCAAAAACGCCUUCAAGGCCAAGCGUAGCUCUAGUGGUGUCACGACCACUACUGAAUUGAAGACUGCUAUCUUGAGAGAUGGACAACAAAUUAAUGUUAUAGACACUCCUGGUCUUUUUGAUAAUUCUGCCAAAUCAGACUUUAUUAGCAAAGAAAUUGCCAAAUGCAUUACAUUGGCCGAGGAUGGAAUCCAUGGUGUUCUUGUGGUUCUCUCAACUAGAACUCGCUUUACAAAAGAAGAAGAGUCUGCAAUCCGUAGCUUGGAAACUCUAUUUGGAAGUAAAAUCUUUGACUAUAUGAUUGUUGUCUUUACGGGAGGAGAUGAGCUUGAAGAAGAUGAGACUUUGGAAGAUUAUUUGGGCCGUGAUUGCCCGGAGCAUUUGAAGGAAAUCCUUGGUCUCUGUGGAAAUCGCUGUGUGCUUUUUGAUAACAAGUCUAAGGAUGAAAGCAAGAGGGUUGAACAAGUGCAGCGGCUUCUCUCGCUUGUAAACUUGGUUAUAGCUCAGAAUGGUGGGAGGCCAUACACGGAUGAGAUAUUUGCUGAAGUGAAGAAAUUUCGUGAUCAACAAGAAGAGGUUGCUUCGAAGGGGUAUUCAAAACAAGAAAUAUCUCGUUUGAAUGAGCAGAUACAGCUUGCACAUGAUCAGCAGCUUAAACAAAUUACUGAGAUGAUUGAUUUAAAGAUGAAAGAGAAAACCAUGAUGCUUGAACAAAAGUUAGCAGAUGAACGUGCUGCAAGACUAAGAGCAGAAGAGACUACCCAAGAGGCUCAACAAAGGUCUGAGGAUGUAAUCCGAAAGAUUAGAAACGAUCUUGCAAACACGCCUGAGCCUAAGCAGCCAAAAUGCACGGAGAGGUGUGCUAUUAUGUAAUGAUUGAUAGGCUAUGUGGUAAGGAGAUAGUGGAGUUUGUGGCAACUGGCUGCGAUGUCUGGUCGAUAAUGGCUAUGGUAUCCUGUGUAAAUGUGGAAGAUGCUGGCUCACAGUUGGACGUUUAAUAUCUAAACUCUUGAACUGUGUAGGAAUAAUGUUGUAAGUAUAUUCAUCUCUUAAGAAGGGUUAUAUAGUACUACAACCAUGUACAUAUAAAGAAAAGUAAUUAAUUCUGAUCUAAGUCAA